UUUAGGGUUUUACAAUUGAAGAUCAGUGAUUAUGGUGCUUUUGGUUUUGAUUCUCCUCUCUUUCAUAUCACCAUCUUGUGGGUAUGAUUCCUUGGAUCCGUACGGCAACGUAACAAUCAAAUGGGAUCUCAUGCAAUCGAAUAGUGUCACAAAUUCUGUGAGGGUGUCAAUAUUUAACUACUAUCUCUAUCACCAUGUCGAUGAGCCUGGCUGGAAGCUACAGUGGAUGUGGAGUGGGUCUGAGGUAAUUUGGGCAAUGCGGGGUGCGGAGGCCACGGAGCAGGGCAAUUGCUCUGCAUUUAGGACUGGACAGCUUCCUCAUUGUUGUGAGAAGCAGCCGGUGAUUGUUGAUCUUUUACCUGGAGCCCCUUACAACAUGCAAUCUCAGAAUUGUUGUAAAGGAGGUGUGUUAUCUUCCAUGACACAAGACCCUUCAAAAUAUGGUGCCACUUUCGAGAUGGACGUCGGUGGCGAUGAGACCUAUUCACAGUUUCUGAUGCCACAUAACAUCUCCCUCGUGGUUCCUGGUUAUACCUGUGGCAAUGCAGUUAAGGUUCCAUCUAGCAAAUUUAGUGUUGGUACAGGGCGUCGACGAACACAAGCUCUCAGUACAUGGAAUGUCACCUGCAUGUACUCCCAAUUUGCGGCAUCAUCCUCCCCAAAAUGUUGUGUUUCCUUGUCUGCUUUCUACAAUGAUACGAUUGUUCCCUGCCCGUUAUGUAGUUGUGGCUGCGAAGAGCAACAUGCACAAAGCUGUGUCAAGCCUGGUGAAGCACCGCUGUUGCUUAAAAGUCACGACCCCAACGAAGAGCCUGCGCCAAUGUUGAGGUGUUCGCAAAACAUGUGCCCGAUUAAGGUGCACUGGCAUGUGAAACAAAGUUACAAGGAGUAUUGGCGGGUUAAGAUUACAAUUGAUAACCUAAAUGUGAUCAAGAAUUAUUCUCAGUGGAACUUGGUGGUGGUGCAUCCCAACUUGCAAAGUUUGACACAAGUUUUCAGCUUCAACUACAAACCUCUUGACCAAUAUAGCUAUAUCAACGAUAGCGGGAUGUUUUGGGGGAUCAAGUACUACAAUGACAUGCUACUACAAUCAGGAGAGAAUGGAAAUGUACAGAGUGAAGUGUUACUCCACAAAGAUGAAGGGAUAUUCACUUUCAAAGCAGGAUGGGCUCUCCCAAGAAGAAUUCUCUUUAAUGGUGAUGAAUGUGUGAUGCCACUGCCAGAGGACUACCCAAGGCUUCCUAAUGCUGCAUAUGAUGCCCCAAUAAGGAAUUUCAUGAUUCUCCUCCCUUUGUUUGUUCUUGCAUCAGCAAUUUUUUAAACAGAUUGGAGAGUGCAAUGCAUUUUUUAUUUUUCUUAAAAAAUAAGCAGAAUGAAAUGUAGAGUCAUAUAUUCUUCUUCUUUAGUCUUGUUGGUCAAAGAUUAUUAUAGCUAGAGUGGCAGCUGCCAUUGUUUGUGCUUAAAAAAGCUAAAUAUCACUUCCUGCUCUUCAUAACAUCAGAGUGAUUUAUUACUCCUUUUUUGGGUAACCGAGUCCGAGUGGCCUCAGGUAUUGCUGCCAUGGGAAAUCGAACACAAGAACUUUCAAAUCUAUACAGUUAGCUUUAACUAGAUUAUUAUUCGAGUGGUUGAUUUAUUACUCAAUACUUCUAUCUUGCACACAACCUUUUAUUGCACCUAUUGAUUCUUUCCUUGAUAGUCUUUGAGAGGAUCUAAGCAAACAGCAGACUAGAUGACAGAACAAUCACCAGCAAGAAAAACCAAGAUCGCUCAAUUGAGUUCAUGAAUAAAAACCACCACAAAUUCAUAGUCAGAUGAAAAUAAACAUGAGCAUAGCAAUUAAAAAUCAAAUCUUUCCUUCAUCUUUUUUCUAGUUUUGUUCCAAAUCAGCUCUGCAAAAUCCGAAAACAGUCUUACC